GCGUCACACUCGAGCGGCUGCGGCCCUGCGUCACACUCCUGGUCCUGGGGCACGCGGCCAGCCGGGCCGCAGCGCCGCACACAGAUCAAAGUUGCUGCCCGCGCGCGCGGAGCCUCCACUCCGCACCAGAUCCGAUGCACUGAUGCACAUGCACGCAUCGCGGAGCCACCUGCCCACGUCCGGCGAGUCCCUCCUCCGCCUCGUGUCUGCCUGCCGCGCACCCGCCCACCUCCCAUCCCUGCGCGCCGCGCACGCGCGCCUCCUCGUGCUGCUCCACCCCUCCCACCCAUCCGCCGCACACGCUAGCGUCAAGCUCAUCCAAGCCUACGCCGCCUGCUCCGCGCUCCCCUUGGCACACGCCGUGCUCGAGUCGUCGUCCUCGUCCUCCGCCGGCGGCAGCAGCAGGACCACCACCGUCUGCUUCAACGUACUCAUCCGCGCGCUCACCGCUGCCUCCCUCCACCGCGAUGCGCUCGUCCUCUUCGCCUCCAUGCGGCCGCGGGGCCCCGCCUGCUCCCCCGACCACUACACCUACCCUCUCGUGCUCAAGUCGUGCGCGGCGUCGAACGACCUCCUCCUCGGCCUCCAGAUCCACUCCGCCGUGGCCAAGCUCCGUCUCGACGCGAACGUCUACGUGGCGCACUCCGCGAUCAGCAUGUACGCGCGGUGCGGCCGCCCGGAGGACGCGUACAGAGUGUUCGACGGAAUGCAGCACCGGGAUGUCGUCUCCUGGAACGCCAUGAUCGCUGGGUUCGCGCGUGCGGGUCUGUUCGACCGUGCUAUUGAGGUUUUCAAGCAGUUUGUGGUGCUGCCGGGUUCGAUGCCAGAUGCUGGCACCAUGGCAGGCAUCUUGUCGGCUAUGGGGAAUGCCAAAUCAGAAGACAUUGUGUUUGUGAGGAGUGUUUUCAACAACAUGCAGUUUAAGGAACUUAUCUCUUGGAACGCUAUGCUCGCUGUAUAUGCUAACAAUGGAUAUCAUGUUAAGGCUGUUGAGCUGUUCAUGCUGAUGGAAAAGGAUGAGGUUGAGCCAGAUUCAGUAACUCUGGCAACUGUUCUUCCUCCAUGUGGGGAGCUCUCAGCAUUUUCAGUAGGAAAACGGAUCCAUGAGAUUAUCAAGAGGAAAAAUAUGUGCCCUAACUUGUUGCUUGAAAAUGCUCUCAUGGACAUGUAUGCAAACUGUGGAUGUUUGAAGGGUGCUAGGGAUGUCUUUGAUUCCAUGAGUGCACGGGAUGUCAUAUCAUGGACUUCAAUCAUAUCUGCUUACGGAAAGCAUGGUCAUGGAAGAGAGGCUGUUUAUCUUUUUGAGAAGAUGCUAGAAGAGGGGCUGAAACCAGACUCCAUUGCCUUCGUUGCUGUUCUAGCAGCAUGCAGCCAUGCUGGCCUUUUGGAUGAUGGGAAGAGCUACUUUGAUUCCAUGACUUCCAGGUAUCAUAUCACUCCAAAAGCAGAGCACUAUACUUGCAUGGUGGACCUUCUCGGCCGUGCUGGAUGUAUAAGCGAGGCAUAUGAUUUCAUCACAACAAUGCUGAUCGAGCCAAAUGAAAGAGUCUGGGGAGCCUUAUUACAAGCUUGUCGAAUUCACUCUAAUAUGGACAUUGGACUCGUGGCAGCAGACAAUCUGUUCAGAUUGGUACCUGAACAAACAGGAUACUAUGUGCUGUUAUCUAAUAUGUAUGCUAGGGCUGGGAGAUGGGCAGAUGUUACCUCGGUGAGAAGUGUCAUGGUGAAUAAGGGUAUCAAGAAAUUUCCUGGUACUAGCAUUGUCGAGCUAGGGGAUCGGGUUCACACAUUUCAUAUUGGUGAUAGAUGUCACCCACAAUCUGAAAUGAUCUAUCAGAAACUGGAUGAGCUACUGGGCAAAAUAAGGAGAAUGGGUUAUAACCCAGAGGUAGAGGCUACACUUCAUGAUGUUGAGGAAGAAGACAAAGAAGGUCAUCUUUCUGUUCACAGCGAGAAAUUGGCGAUUGCAUUUCUCCUUUUGAACACUAGUCCAGGGACAACUAUCAGGGUGACUAUGAAUCUCAGAACCUGUAGUGACUGUCAUCUUGCUGCAAAGCUGAUUUCAGUAAUCACCAGUACAGAGAUUAUCCUCAAAGACACCAAUAGGAUCCAUCAUAUAGUACAAGGAGUUUGUUCAUGUGGGGAUUAUUGGUAGAGGAUGUACAAUUGUCAUAGACUGCAUUGAUUGAAGCAUGGCUUCUUGGAGAAAGGACUUUUGCUCUUUGAGCAUGAAGCUUGAAUCCACCUUUCAUCAAUUUGUGUCCUUCGAUUGGAUGGAUGGUAGUUUUCUGGAUAACAUUUGUAACAGAAAUUCAGCAUCCGUGGUCAGCUGCAGAAUAAAGAAGAGAAUGAGACCUAUCUACGCAUGAGCAUUUGAUUUCUUUGUCCAGUAUUCAGGUUCUUUUAUUCAUCAAAUCAAUCUAACAGAAAGACUACUAGAGAAGUGUGCCAAUCAAAUAUCAGCUGUCUAUGUUUCUUGAACUUUUGUGAAGCAUACAUAUAUAAAAGUGAACCCCAAGCACCAAGUGAUACAAGAACAUUCAGCAUUCAUCAGCUCUUGAUGAUAAUUUUUUUAUGCCAUUUCCCAACUGAACAAGAAAUGGAACUAUGGAAGUAUGGAACAGAGAUGUUCUUGGGGGCAUGCAGGAGACAGGAUCAUACUACAGCUUUGUAGUGUUAGCAUUAGUCCCAACUCCCAACAGAUCUUAGGAGUAACAGUCACUGAAAUUAGAACCUCAUAUAAUCAUAUUAAUGUUCUGAAGUUACUGAACUUUGUCAGUUGAGCUUGCUAAGCAGUUCUCUAUUAGUAACGCACCCACUUAGAUAGUCAAGGAAGGCAAGCAGUAUUAUGAGUGGAAAGAAAAAUUUAUCAUGUUGUCUGCUGCAGAAAUCUGAGGCAUGUGCUUCUCUUUUCUUCUUAAUACAAAGAUACACAGCUCUCCUGCGUGUUCGAGAAAAAGGCAUGUGCUUCUCUUUCUCUCCCUACUUGUUAUAUCUGCAAUUUUUUUAACCUAACACUCGACAGUUCUGGUCAUGACUUCAUGCCAGUCAGCAAAUUGAGCUUAACUUUUUUGCAUUCCAUGAUGAAGGACAAACAAAUCACGGCAUAGCUUUUUACUCCUUUUAGCAUGUGAAUUUAGAUAGAUUUGUAGAAUCAUGUUCACUGUUCACAUGAUAAAAAUACAUGAAAUAUGUACUUAUUUGAACUUUUCAGUGAGAUGUUUCCAAGAA